AUGCUCAAGCAGCGUGAAGCAGCUUAUCUUAGGUACUGUGUCAUGCAGCUUGUUGGACCUGACCUCGGCAAACUUAGGAGAAGCCUCGUUGAUAAAAGGUUUUCGGUGCCAACUGCUUUGAGGGUUCUUCAGCAAACUCUACGACGUUUGGAAGUGUUACACGAUGCUGGAUGGCUGUGCCGGGACGUGAAAGCUCCAAAUUUCGCCAUAGGCUUGGGAAAUGAGAGCAGCGUAAUCUACAUGCUUGACUUCGGAUUUGCUAGGAAAUAUAAGGAAGCAAACGGUGAAAUCAUACCUCCACGGCAAGCGGCUGCAUUAUUAGGGACCUUUCAGUACACUCCUCUUGCCAGCCAUGAUCACAAAGAUCAAGCGCCAAAGGAUGACCUAGAGAGUUGGUUCUACAUGGCAGCAGAAUUACUAAAAGGACCUCUGCCGUGGUGCAAAAUAGAUGGGCACAAAGAACACCUAGCAAUUGCCGAGCAGAAGAAGUUGAUACGAAAGGAACGCCGAGCAGAGUUUAUGGAAGGGAUGCCGCGGGAAUUCGACAAUAUUCUGACGAUGAUUGAUAAUAUGAAAUUCUUUGAUCGGCCACCUUACGACACUUUUCAAGCCAUGAUAGAUCAAGCAGCGGAAAAACUUGGAAUUACUCUGCAUGAACCAUUUGAUUGGCAGAGCAAUGCUCGUGUACUGAGAAAAGCAGAAUUUGUUGGUGAACUCGGGGAAUCAAAUCUGGCUUCGUUAAAAAUGGAAGAAGAAGAAGGAGAAGAAAGUGAAUCUUUAGACGUUACACCUUCGACGAUGGAAAUUAAGACUUAA